UUAUAUUUUAUUUCCUAUCUCUCCUACCAAAAUAAUUCAGUGACACUCUCCAUUGAACCUUAAUCUCCAUUGAAAUGUAGCUCUCUUAUACCUAAAUCACUUACCCACACCCUCGAUUGAACCCUCCAAGAAGAAGAUUGAAUCUUUUCCUUUUGGCUUGAAGUUUCAUUCACUGCAAAAUUCUUGUUUUUCGCUCUCACUCACCACAGAACAGACCAUUCACUUUGUUAUCACACAAAUAUCGCCACUCGCCACUCGCCGCGGCAGCGGAGACGACGGUGUUGCUGCGGUCCGUCCCUGUCCUAUCUUCGCCUCUCAUCAUUUCCCUUCCCCUUCUCUCCUCAAAGAAAUUCAAACCCUCAGCCACUCCAACCCUUCUCUUAAAACCCUCCUUCGCACGUAGUUUAAGCCCCUCCGAAGAAGACAAGAAGUUGGUUCAACGGUCGAGAUUGCACCGUCUCUAUUGAACCUUCCUUUCUGGGUUUCAAGCUAGAGAAAAAUCCAGUAACAGAACAACUUUAAUAGUAUGAAGCAGAAAUUAGAGAAUCUGCGUGCAAUUUGAACACUUCAUUGGAUGAGAUAUCAUUCUCCAAACAGAAUCUUCCCACAGCUCCUGAUUGUAUGAAAAACCGUGAAUUUGAUAUUGUUUAGCAGCUUAACCCUGAAAUUGAACAGGCUGGAGAAAUCUGAUAAUAUGGCAGAAAGCUCUUCGGCUGCGCCUUCACUACCGAAACCUGUGGUGGUUAGGGUCAAACGCAAGCCCUCUCAGUUCCCACUUGAUGCUUUCUGGUUGGAAAUUAAUGAGAGACCCUUGAAACGUUCUCUCUUGGAUCUUGGAAAUUUAACAAUCUCUGGUUCUGCUCAAAAGGUGGAAUUUCAUAGCAAGAAGGUUUUUGUUCAACAUGUGGAGACAAUAAGCAGCUCUGAGGUCACCUUUGAUAUUGUGCAAUCCUUUGUGGAUCCUGGUUCCAGUUCUGCUUCUAUUUUGAAGACGAAAUUUGAGGAAAGAAAGAACUUCUUCAAGAGGAAUAAUAAGCAAGAUCAGCUAUUGGUUAAAGCUAAACAAGAAAAGGAGUCUUUGGCAAAAGAUGCUCGCUUUGAACAAAUAUGGAAAAGCAGGAAGGGAAACAAAGGGACAGGGACAACACAUGAUAAAGAAUUACAAGAAAUAUGCAAUUUCUAUGACAUUGUUCGCGUUGACAAUGAAGAGAAAAAGAAGGAAGUGCAACCGCAAGAAAUCUCAUUGGAGGAUCAAAGACUUCUGUCUAGUUACCUUCCUUUACUGAGAGAAUUUAUUCCUAAUGCGGCUGAAGAGGUUGAAGCCGAUUUGAUUGCUCAUUUGAGUGGUCAUUCCAAAGGAGAGAAUUAUGUGUAUGACCUAUACACUGUGACGGAUGAGAUGGAUAUAAGCCCAGAAGAUACUUUAGCUUCUUAUCCACUUGUUCAAGUUGAGGAGGAGGAGGACUAUUAUGAUGGCCCAGAUGAUUCAGAUUAUGAAUCUGAUGACUCAAAUGCUGAAAACAAUCCAUUGAAUGAUUAUCCGGAUGAGAUUUCUGAAGAGGAUGAAGAAGAGGUUGAAGAUUCCGAGAGUGAAUCAGAAGGUGUAAAUGGCGAUGCUAGUAACGAAUCUUCAAACGAGGAUACAGAACAUCAUGGUUUUUCCAAAGAUGAUGCUGAUCCAUAUGAUGAGGAUUUUGAUGAGUAUGAAGGUGUUUGUAAUGAUGAUGAGAAUGAUGAAGAUGAAGAUUGGAGGUGGUCGUACCGAUGAAGUUGACUUUGCUGAAGGAACGAAAAUGCUGAUGUUGAUGUUAUAUCUAUGGGGUGGGGUAAAAGUUUUGAACAAAAUCAAAACUGUGCAGCAGCCGUCGAACUAGAUAUAGACAUUAGGGAUGUUAUAGGCAUUUUUUCCUUGUGGACCUAAUUUUUUGUGUUGGAAUUUGAGCUAGAAUGCUUACUUCUUUGAUAAAGGGUUUUUAUCAUCAUUAUAUCUUGUAUAACUUGUAGUUUUUACAGAAAGGGUUUGGAUACUGGCUAACGUCUAUUCUCUA